AGGAUUCGGUUCGGUCCGUUUGGAUCCGUUCCGGGCUUUGCGGAGGCCCCAACGGGGGGACCCGAACCCCAUGGCGGCAGAAAAACCCGGCUUUCGGGGCGCCCCCCCCCGGCCCCGCUGCAGCCCCCCUGCCGGGCCCCGUGGGGGUCGGGGCUCCCCCUCUCGGGGGGGGGCUGUGGGGGGGGAAGGGCCCCCCACGAUUAUUUGCCCAUCGCCGUCCUCACCACCCUCUGCUGCUUUUGGCCCACGGGGGUCGUCGCCAUCGUCAAAGCUGUGCAGGUCCGCGCGGCCGUGGCGCGGGGGGACAUCGUUUCGGCCGAGAUCGCGUCGCGGGAGGCGCGGAACUUCUCGUUCAUCAGCCUGGCCGUGGGCAUCGCCGCCAUCGUGCUCUGCACCAUCCUCGCCGUCGUCAUCAUCAUCGCCGCUCAGCACCACGACAACGACUGGGACCCGUAGCCACGCCCCCCCGUCGCCAUGGCAACGCGCACAGGCCCCGCCCACUUACCCACCCUCACCCCUCCCAACGUGGUGAUGCCCCAGCGACGAUGGGGCCCAAACGCCAACGGUGUCGCCAUGGCAACGCUGAGGGUGGUACCCAAGCGCUUUGGGGUCGCCAUGGCAACGCUGAGGGUGGUACCCAAGCGCUUCAGGGUCGCCAUGGCAACGCUGAGGGUGGUACCCAAGCGCUUC